AGAACCUAAAUGCAUUUUCUCUCUCUUCGUGUCUCGUUUUCCUCUUCCGUGGAGGGGAAGAUCUGGUUGCUCGAGAUUUGCCCACAUUUGAGUUUGUUAUGAGCGAUCGAAUCCGAGGACGCCGCCGAAUCUUAAUCUUUCUUCUCGAUUCCGAUCGCGAACUGAAUGCUUGGCCGUGACAACCUUCCAAAUCCAGAUUUUUUCAGCUGCCGGCACCUGAUCUCGGCCUCCCGACCCGCUGUUUAUGCGUUCGCCUGCCGCCCUUUGGAUCUGGCAGCGGGCCCUUUUGCUUAGAGGCGCUCGGGUGCCGCCACGGCGACGGCGGCAGUGGUGAGGGCCGGCGGCGAGCAGCAGCUGGCGCAGUGGCCACGAUGCAGAUUAGAUUGUCGCCUAGCAUGAGAAGCAUAACGAUAUCGAGCAGCAAUGGGUUUAUGGACUCGAUGAAGGUGAAGGUCGCCGCCCGUCACUUCUCCUACCGGACCCUCUUCCACACCAUCCUCAUCCUCGCCUUCCUUUUGCCCUUCGUCUUCAUUCUCACCGCCGUCGUCACCCUCGAGGGCGUCAACAAGUGCUCUUCUUUAGAUUGUCUGGGUAGACGAUUAGGUCCAAAGUUUCUUGGACGGAGUGGUGAUGGAUCUGAGAAGGUUGUUAAAGAUUUAUCCAAGUUACUCGAGCAAGUAAAUUCUGAGGAAAUUCCAGAUGGCUUGAAAUUGCCAGAGUCUUUCAAUGAGUUUCUUUCAGACAUGAAGAACAACCAGUAUGAUGCCAAGACAUUUGCUCUAAGGUUGAAGGCAACGAUGGAAAUCAUGCAUAGAGAAAUAAAAAGAUCUAAGCUAGCAGAGCAACUGCACAAACAUUAUGCAGCAACAUCUAUUCCAAAAGGAUUACAUUGUCUCUCAUUACGGUUGACUGAUGAGUAUUCAUCCAAUGCCCAAGCACGUAAACAGUUGCCACCACCUGAGUCGCUACCUUUGCUCUCUGAUAAUUCUUAUCACCAUUUUGUUCUCGCCACUGAUAACAUUCUUGCAGCCUCUGUCGUGGCUACUUCUGUUGUAAGAUCUUCACUAAAGCCAGAAAAGGUAGUCUUCCAUGUCAUAACUGACAAGAAGACCUAUCCCGGAAUGCAUUCAUGGUUUGCCUUGAAUCCUCUUCCCUCUGCUAUAAUUGAGGUGAAAGGUGUUCACCAGUUUGACUGGUUAACUAGAGAAAAUGUGCCUGUUCUUGAAGCUAUUGAAAAUCACCAUGGUGUCAGAAACCACUACCAUGGGAAGCAUAGUUUGGGAACCAAUGAUGCUGACAAUCCAAGGAUUUUUGCUUCAAAAUUGCAGGCAAGGAGUCCUAAGUAUAUUUCUUUGCUCAACCAUCUGCGCAUAUACCUACCCGAGCUAUUUCCCAACCUCAACAAGGUGGUGUUUCUUGAUGAUGAUAUUGUUGUUCAGCGUGACUUGUCACCAUUAUGGGAAAUUGAUCUUUUUGGUAAAGUAAACGGUGCUGUCGAAACUUGCACAGGUGAAGAUUCAUGGGUUAUGGGGAAACGGUUAAGGACAUAUUUCAACUUCUCACAUCCCCUCAUAGCCAAUAAAUUGGACCCUGAUGAAUGUGCAUGGGCAUAUGGGAUGAAUAUUUUUGAUUUGAAUGCUUGGAGGAAGACAAAUAUUAGGGAGUCAUUUCAUUACUGGGUGAAGGAGAAUUUGAAGUCUAAUCUGACCCUAUGGAAACUGGGAACAUUGCCACCGGCCUUAAUUGCAUUUAGAGGUUAUGUGCAUCCCAUAGAAUCAUCAUGGCAUUUGUUAGGUCUGGGCUAUCAGGAGAAGACAAACCUUGAUAGUGUGAGGAAGGCUGCUGUGAUCCACUACAAUGGGCAGUGCAAACCAUGGCUAGAGAUUGGAUAUAAGCACCUACAGUCCUUUUGGACGAGGCAUGUAAACUAUUCCAAUGACUUCAUAAGGAACUGUCAUAUCUUGGAUCCUCAAUAAUGGUUGGAAGCUAAAAAUCUGCAGUGAUUCCUAUUUUUCACUCAGUAUCCGAUGAACCACCACUUGGUAAACCAAGAACAUGGCUCCAUAGUUGUGCAGUCGAAACAGGGCCGAUGUCUCACAGCUUCUGAUCUAUCAACUGCAACUCUAGUAACACAACUCUAUUCGUUCUGUAAGAUAGUAGCAAUCAGUAUUUUCCAUGCUAAAGGUAGUUCUUCCCACUAUACUUGAUGGUGUAUUGCCAUUGCAUCCCGAGGAAACAAUCAGCUCCUUAUUGCUAGAGCCGGAGCAUCUGAUCACGACAAGUACAUACGGAAGAGAGACUGGAUCUUGGUGUUGUUUUUUCUUUUUUCAAAUUUAUUUUGUGUUAUUUAUUAAUGUACUUAAACAUCUUCCAGUUCUUUAUUCUACCUCUAAAUUUAGAGGUGCAGAUGUCACCUUUGAAAAUUGGGGAAUCUUAGGUUAUAAGAUAUUUAAAUGUGCAGUUAAUUCUUUAACUUAAGAUAGCUUUCAUUGGCUUCA